GGAGGUUUGCUAGUAGUAGGAAUAUCCGUCGUUCUCUUACCGCACCACAAUUUAAGGAAAAAAAGAACGGAAAAUGUAUAACAAUUUUGUCGAGGCCGAUGAUUCUCUUUUCAGCGAAAUUCAAGAUAUUUUAAAAGGCAAGAGUUUAGAGAAUCAAGUAAGAGUUGGCUGUUUUAAGAGGGAUGUUUCUGUCCAAACUGAUGUGUCUGAACUACCGUCAUUGCAGACGCUCGGGGAAAACAAUUCAACCCUUCGUAUGGUGAGUCAACUUCUGUUACAAAAUGUGCAUAAAACAUUGCAGUCACAGUAAUAAACAAUCAAAAGCAAAAAUGUUCGCUGCAGAUGAAUAUCGUUGCUUUCAACGAAACCUCUUUUUCAAUGUACUUCCUAGUCAUACAGAUAACAGUUUCUGCCAAACACAAUAAGAAUGCGAUGGUGCCGGAGAUAUUCCAGAGAGACAUUGCCUCAGCGCAUUCCUCUAUGCUUAUAUUUACUGGUCAAUUCACUCCUGCUGCACUCCUUCCAUUAUUUACGAAUUCCUUCAACUUUAGACCUCGGAGACUGGCUUUCUUGCUGCCUUGACAGCCUGCUGAGAUGGCAUAUGGUGGCUUUGUGGCAGCAAACAGUGGCUUCUCCAGGAGUGUUCCUGACUCCUCUGGCCUGUAGUGUCUUAACAAAUUGAUUAGCUGGCUUGUGUCUGGGCUGUUUGAUCUGACUGUAUAAUGUUUAAAAAUGAUCUCCAAGGCUUCAUAAAAUUGUUGGGAGAAGUUGAGGUGUAAGACAACUAACAAUUCUCAGGAUGUUUAAGUCAUUUUUCUUUCACCACUAUGAAUGACUGCCAAUAUACAGGUAUGCAGCAACAGGGACCUGAGGGCAUUCUAAGUGCAUGGUUUAGUGACAACCCUGGGAAAGUAAACUCAGAGUAAGAGGUAAACCCUCCUAAAAGAAGAGCCCUAUGGAUUUGUAUUGCUAGGAGAAUGAUGCCAUAGGACUAUUCUCUAAGGAGGUUUACCACUUUAACAUACCCAGGUUUGCACUAAACCAUGAAAUACCCCUCAUGUCCAGGCUGAAUUUGUGCUGAGGAAUAAUUUAUGUUUCUAAUGCAAGAUGUUUGUCCACUCUUUGUGCAUGUGAGGAUAUGGAAGUAGUGAAGAAAGAGGUGGCGGUGAAAAUGAAGUGCCUUGAGGCCCAGUAUAUCACUGUGAUACAGAGGGAAGCUAUUGAUUUGUAUACAUUAAUGCAGAGGAAGUCCAGGAAUGCGGAGGACAUGCACAAAGAGAAAAUAGCGCUGCUUCAAAAAAGCUAUCAAAACCAGCUUGUUGAGGCCAUACACAUCAUUAAGGACAGUUUCAAGAAAUCCCCCACGCAAAACAAAAUUUCAAUCCCAGGUGGUCAAACUGAUAAUCGAAUUGUGGAGGAGCUUUUGACCAAACUGGAAGAGCAGAGCUUCGAAAUGCUCAUUUUAACUGAAAAAGUGGCUGAAUAUGAGGAGCAGCUCAACACAAUGAGCUAUGCAGAGGACACUGGGGAAACUGACACAGACUGGCUGAAAGAUGAGAAUGGAAGGCUGGAAGAGGAAAAUGAAAAGCUUAACGAUGACAUUGACUCUCUGUACAUCGACCUGGAGCAGCUCCGAGAGGACCUGGAGGCCAAAGAAAAAAACAUUGAAGCUUUAGAUGACCAUGGAAAACAAUCAGCUGAAAGUGCAGCUUACUAAUGAGAAGGAUGCUGGCAGGAAGAAGUUAAAUGAACUGAAGAAGGGGAUGGAGAAAGAGAUUGACAAUAUUGAGGCAAUGCGUAGGAAGGAGCUCCUUGCAGCAGAGGAGACAAUGGAACAACAAAAGCAGGAGCAGAGAGAGAUGGGGAUGAGACAUGAUGCUCUGAUGUCCCAGAAGAUGGCCGCAGCAGCAAAGCCCACCGCUGUGGAGGACAAGACGGAAAGCACGAAGCCCCCCAGCACGCUGGAGAAAAUGGAGAAGCUUGUGGCAGAGCAGAAGACAGAAAUUAAACGGCUCAAGAAAGAUCUGCGUAUUACCAUUGCAACAUGGGAGAAGAAAUUUGAAAUUCUAACAAAGAGUUUCCAUGCCAUCAAGGAUGAGAUGUUCUUGCGCAACAACUUCCAGAGACAAUCCGCUGCCUUACACUUCGCCUCGGUUUCCUAUACGGUACGUUGAGCGGAUAUUUACAUUUAGAUUUACAUUUGGUAAUUUACCAGACGAUUUUGUAAUAGAGCAAUAGAGACCUAGUGUAACAAUAAAUACUAUUUUACAUAAGAAAUAGAAAAAGAAAAGUGCAGGAAUGU